AUGGGAGUCCUUGUGGGUCGAUGGGUGCACUUGUACAGUUUAAAAGGCAGGAACUUUUGGGAGUGUAAGAGUUCGUCAAACUGUUGCUGGAGUUGGAGGAAACUAUUACAACUUCGGCCGAUUGUUAGGAAGCAUGUUUGGUCCAAGAUUGGAGAUGGGAAUAGCACCUCAGCUUGGUACAACUAUUGGUGUGAGGGUGGGUCGUUGUCCACAUUUUUGACGCCAAGGGUGAUUACAAACGCGGGAUUUUCAUUACAUUCUAUGGUGAGUGACGUUUCGGUUAAUGGGACUUGGGUUUGGCCGAUGGCAUGGAGGGAGGUUUAUCCUGUUCUUCUCAAGAUCACUCCGUAUCAGCUCAAUCCUCAUUCGACAGAUUGCCUCCUUUGGAAGGAUGAAAAUGACUUGCACGAGUAUUCGUCCAGUACAGUUUGGCAGUCUAUUCGCUACAGGGAGCCGGAAGUGGAUUGGGUCAACAUUGUUUGGUUCGCUCAAUGUAUUCCAAGACAUGUGUUUCUCAUGUGGCUGGUUAUGCGACGUAAACUCUUAACUCAGGAUAAGAUAUUGCAGUGGGAUUUUUCGAGGAGGAAGAGUAUGAAUAUGAUGUACUGUUUAUUGUGCUACGAGAACUAUGAUUCUCACGACAAUCUGUUUUUUGAGCGUAAGUUGUCUACGCAAGUUUGGAAGGCAGUUAGAGAUAAAGCAGGGAUGAAGGAUGUGGAUGAGAAGUGGAGCAGUAUAGUGGAUUGGCUUUCUGUUUGUGCUCGAUCCAAGUCGGCAGCUAACUACGUCAGUAGAUUGAUUGUUGCUGCGUCAGUUUAUGUGAUUUGGCAGGAGAGGAAUGCUCGGUUAUUCAAGAACCAGAAGGCCCCAGAUAUCAUUGCUACAACCAUCUUGAGUACUGUCAGGUAUAAAAUUAUGGGAGCGAAGUUCAAGAACACAGCUAGUGCAAGGAGACUUCUUGGUGACUGGGAGAUUUCUGAUGAAGGUGCAACCGAUGGGAUUGGCUGA